GGGAAAAAGGGGGAGAGAGAGAGAGAGACGAUAACCAGCCACAGCUCUCUCUCUGCUACUCAAUUCUUUCUUUCUCUCCCGACCAACGUUGACACUCACUUCACCAACCGCCAUUGCUUGACCUUAAAGCCUCUUAUCCAAUAAUUCCAUUCAUGUCCCGGCACUAAUCAAUUAUUCACACCCAGAUAUAAAGAUAAAUAGGGGAGGGUAGACAUGGAUGUGAGCAGGAAAAGGGCGGGUAUCAGGAGUACUGUGGUUGCGGGUUCUGUUUGGGAGAGCAGAAUGAAGAGUGACGAGGUGAAAGGUGGAAUUAAGGUCUUCAAUGGAGGAGAGGAAGAGACUGGUAACGGGAAUUCCAGCGAAGAAAGUGAGAAGAUCACAAAUGGUGCCUGUAAGAAGCAGCGUCAGUUACCUCCCAAGAGAGGCCUCACUAUUGGCGAGGUCGCGGUGAGCGGCAAGCGGAAGAUGUGGAAGUCCGAAAGCUUCGACGGGUUCGACAAGAAGAACAGUGCAAUUCAUAUUGCGAGCAGAGAGCUGAGCCUGUCGGUUGAUGGAAUCAAGAAGAGUCCAAUUCCCAAAGGAAGAUCUGAAGGCAGAAAUCGCGAGGAUCAGUCCAAGGAGCUUACUGUGUCCGUUGAUGGAAGCAAGAGGAAUCCGAUUCAGAAAGGAAGAUCUGAGCUCAGGAAUGGCGAGGAACAGUGCAAGGAGCUCAGUGUGUCCGUCGAGGGAAUCAAGAAAAGUCCAGCUCCAGUGAGAAAGGGAAGACCGAAGUCCAGCGACGGAAAUGAAUGGAGUCCGGUUCCGAUAAAGAAGGGAAGAUCUGAGACUGCUGAAGGAAACGAGAAGAGUCCAGUUCAGAUUAGGAAGCAAAGAUCCGAGGGGUCAAAUGUAUCUGGUGAAUUGUCCGAAAACAUUGUUGAAUUGAGGAAGACGAAAUCUGACUCCGGUAAGAUUGUUUCGGGUCAAUCCGGUACGGCUGUCGGUGCAGCAGAGAAAUCGGAAUCGGGGACCAAUAAGUUAUUGGAUGGUCCAAGAAAGGACAAUAACGAGACAUGUCCAGCUGAGCUUGAGGGAAAAGGAUCCAAUGAGAACUGCGAGGAAGUUGGUGUUAUAUGCAAAGAGAUGGUGGUUUCAAGCAAUGACGGUGAAACGAAAUCGCCCGGAAAAGUUCUGAUCCGAAAUAACCAGACUGAUGAUGAAGAAUACGAUGAUGGUGAUGAAGAAUUUGAGGAAGAAGAAGAAGAAGAAGAGGAAGAAGAAGAAGAAGAGAUUGAAAUUGAGAUAGAGAAGAAAAGCAUUGAUGUUAAGGAAGUAAAUGUACCUGAACAGAAGCCAAAUAGCAACAAGAUCAUCAAUGAAGUGAAGAAGUUUAAUCAAUUCAACAACAGAGCACCACCAUUUUCUUCAACUGUAAACAAACAGGCUCCUCCUGUAACCAAUCGUGCUAGUGCGUUUUAUUCAACUCCUCCAAAAUCUAAAGUUCCUUUUUCACAAGAGUACCAGAGUUUCCCUCAAACCCAGAACAAAUUGCAGAACCUGGUGGAUUUAGUAAUGUGGAGAGACAUAUCGAAAUCGGCAUUUGUUUUUGGGUUAGGAACAUUCAUCAUAAUCUCGUCAUCCUAUACCAAGGACGUCAACAUUAGCUUUAUUUCAGUAAUUUCCUAUCUGGGUCUUGUUUACCUUGCUUCCAUUUUCCUAUACAGAUCCAUUAUUUGCAGGGGAGUGAUAGACAUAGAUGAUUCGAGCUAUGUUGUUGGAGAAGAUGAAGCUGUGUGGUUACUCAAAUUGGUGUUGCCUUACUUGAAUGAGUCCUUGGUGAAACUCAAGGCUCUCUUCUCUGGUGAUCCUGCUACUACAAUGAAGUUGGCAGUGCUGCUAUUUGUUUUGGCAAGAUGUGGAAGCUCCAUUACCAUAUGGAAAAUGGCCAAAUUAGGAUUCUUUGGAGUUUUCAUUGUACCAAAAGUCUGCUCCUCCUAUUCAACACAGUUAACUGCAUACGGUAAAUACUACCAAAACCCUUCACUUUAUUUAUUUAAUUUUUUUUUUUUUAAAAAUAUUUUUUCUCCUGACUAAACUCGAGAUUUAAUCCUAUACCCUUAAGGUGUACCCCAUCUGGGUACACCACCAGUUUAUCAUGACAUUCGAUAAUCACAAGUUUGUCCCCUUCCUUCAUAGUUGAUAAAAAUGAUAGGUACAACUUGUCUGAUGGUUUCUAACGGCUCUCUUUGAUCUCGUGAUGACGUUUCCUAUAAGCAAAGAUUUAUUGGGUCCUACCAUAAGAAUGGUGUAUACUG